AUGUCUGACAACGGCGAGGUCGAAGUCGAAGUCCCCUCGAUCGCUUCCAACGUCCUCCCCAAGGAUGUCACCUCCGAGAUUGGCAGCGUCAAGUUGUUCAACAAGUGGAGUUACGAAGAUGUCGAGAUUAGAGAUAUCUCCUUGACCGACUACAUCCAGAUCCGCGCGCCGGUGUACAUCUCACACUCUGCCGGCCGAUAUGCCGCAAAGCGAUUCCGCAAGGCUCAAUGCCCGAUCAUCGAGCGCCUCACCAACUCCCUCAUGAUGAACGGUCGCAACAACGGCAAGAAGCUCAUGGCUAUCCGAAUCGUUGCUCACUCGUUCGAGAUCGUCCACAUCAUGACAGACCAGAACCCCAUCCAGAUCGCCGUUGAUGCCAUCGUCAACUGCGGUCCCCGCGAAGACAGCACACGUAUCGGUUCCGCCGGAACAGUCCGAAGACAAGCCGUCGAUGUCUCCCCUCUCCGCCGCGUCAACCAGGCCAUUGCUCUCAUCACAAUCGGUGCCCGCGAAGCAUCGUUCCGAAAUGUCAAGUCGAUUGCUGAGUGUCUCGCUGAAGAGCUGAUCAAUGCUGCCAAGGGUAGCAGUAACUCGUAUGCCAUCAAGAAGAAGGACGAGUUGGAGCGUGUAGCCAAGUCUAACCGGUAG